AUGACUGUGACCGACGCAGCCACGUCGGCGGCAACACUAGCCGACCUCGAGGAUCUACCGCCCGACCUCUCCCCUGGACUCAGCGCUAUCCGUCUACUGUGGUCCCGGUGGCCGCGAGCAAGCAAUGGCGGCAACGACGACGCUCACCACAUCUACCUCCGCCCUCCUCGCCGCUCCGACCUCCAGGCCGUGUGGGACAUCCACAGCGACCCUCGCGUCCAUCGCUUCAACCCAAACGGGCCCGACUCCUGGAAAGGCGCGAAGGACCGCCUCGCCGGUUGGCUACACGACUGGCACCAACGGGGCACGGGCUACAUGGCAGUCGUCCAACGAGGCCCACUCGCCGCCGCAGCAAAAAGCCAAUCAGAUCUAUACACCGAGCGAAUCGUGGGCUUCACCGGCGUCCGCUUCUUUGACCUGCCCAAUCAGUUUGUCCCUCAAUCUUCGCCUUUGAUCGCCGACACAUCGCUCCGCCACGUUCGCGACGGCAAGGAGAGGAUCCUCAACAUCUACUACCGCUUCUCGCCACUCGUCGCCGGCCAGGGGAUCGCCUACCAUGCCGUCCGGCUUGUCAUACUCAACGCGCUGCGCAGCUGGCCGGACCAUCAGCUCGCCAUCAUGACGCCGCCCGACAAUCGGCCAUCGCGUACUCUGGCAGAGCGGCUCGGCUUUCGUCCCGUGCGUCAGACGACUUGGUCCGGCAUCCCGCACGUCGACUACCGGCUCUUCGAUGCCGAGCGCGACGCUUUCCUCCGCCGAAUACAGGACGACGCAAGCGCAGCUUCCUCUCCGAUUGUCCCGCUCUUGCUGCGCCGACUCGGCCCGAACGAUGUCGAAUCCCAGAUGCAGAUCAUGCAGACUGCCUUCUUCGAACAGAUCCGGCCGCUCUUCACAGAAGUGCCGCUCGACGAACCCGUCCCAGCGCCGAUCUUCGACCAGUGGAUUGUCUACCAGCGCUGUCGCAUCCGAGCGCUGCUGGAAGAGGAAGCGCUUGCGCAGGGCGUCAGGACCAUCAGCGUCAUUCGGCUCGACCAGCUUCCGGCGGCCGACACAUAUCAGGACGCCGGCGAGGUGCAGCCUCACAUCAUCGGCCUCGUCACGUACGAGCUGCCAGAGCAACAUGCAGCGUCUCAGGACGUCGACGCUCGCUACUCGCACCUGUCGCGCGACGAGGUGCGAGCGACGUGGGACCGUGCCAAGCAGCAGCUGACGCGCGACCCGUUCCCGUGCGGCAACGCGGCGGGCUUCGACGCCAUCAAGGCCAGGAUGGCAGCCUACCGUCUCGACGAGAUGGGCGAGGCACCGCACUACUCGCUCCGCCUCUUCUGCUUCCGACCCGACUGCCGCAGUCAGGGCGUCGGCAAGACGGUGCUCGAGUGGCUCAUGUACUCGGCCUGCGGCGAGGUCGGUGGCGACCGAGGCUACUACCCGCGCGUACCGGCCGUCGAGCAGCACGAGGGCACGGUGCUUGGGGCGACGGCGCUCAGCGAGCCCGGCAGCGAUGUGCCGCGUCUUCCCAUGUCGAUUUCCGAGGAGAGGCAAAACGAGCGGGGCCGUCUGCCGUGGUACCUCGACGCCACCACGCCUGCGAUGCCGUUCUACCGCCGCUUCGGGUUCGGGGAUACAGCCAUGGUCGAGCGACACGGACCCGUCGGGUUCCUCACUCCGCAGCAAUCCAGCUACCUGCACGACAAGUACGGCGACGGGUCAGAGGACGGGGCGCGGACGAUCGACCAGCUGUCGAUGCGACUGAACCCGAUGGUCUACCGUCCCCCAGGGCACUAG